CAUGGUAUUACUAUAAAAUUGCUUAACGGGUGUUUAAAACAGUUCAUAAUAUACUGAAACUUACUUUUUUAUAAUGUUUAGAAAAUCUACUCAUCAAAUAGUUUAUUUUCAAACUUAACAGCAUUUAAUCAAUAUUCAAUCAUCUGAGGAGGAAAGUAACAAACACUCGUCAGUAAUGCUUAUUUAUUGAUUGCACCGCCAGGCUGACUGCAACCCGUCUAUCGCAUUAGCUUGAAACUGCAGGGGUAACGAGAAAAAUAAGCUGGGUUAGGCUACAACAGACUUAACGACUUGGCGCACUCGGGUUUUUAUUGCAUGCUCUCAUGGCCAGCUGAGCUUCGUCGUUUAAAACUAAACAAAUACUUAUAUCAUUAAAAAAUACAAAGCUCUAAAGAAUUUCUCCAAACAUGGGAAGGAUAACGUGUGAGACAUGCAAAAAGAAAUGCAGUGGUAACGCCCUUCGUGUACAGGAUAAAUAUUUCCAUGUUGAAUGUUUUACCUGUGCUGUAUGUUCAAGAUCUUUGGCAUCAGGAGGCUUUUUCUUUAAGGCUGGCCAUUACUACUGUACUGCUGACUACCAGGAGAUGUUUGGGACCAAGUGUGCAGAAUGUGGAGACUAUGUUGAAGGAGAAGUGGUCUCAGCACUUGGAAAUACAUAUCAUCAGAAAUGUUUCCUAUGCGCCAGGUGCAGGAAAGCCUUCACAGCUGGAGAGAAAGUCACCUACACAGGGAAAGAAUGUCUAUGCCCUAAGUGUAUCCAAAUACCAAUAGUACUCUCAGAAACUAUUGACUCAACAUCUGUUUUUGCUGGUCAGAAAUGCACAGCAUGUAAAGAGGAAUUAACAGAGGGCCAGGCUUUAAUUGCUUUGGAGAAACCAUGGCAUAUAUGGUGUUUUAAAUGUGUUUCUUGUAGUGAUGUUCUUCAUGGAGAGUAUAUGGGGAGGGGCUUUUCUCUAUUUAUUUAUCCCAUGUAUCUUACUCUGUGGCAAGUGGUGCCUUACCAGGCUGGUGAUAGUCAUCACUUUCACCCAACGUGUGCUCGUUGUACAAAAUGUGGAAACCCAUUUGGAGAUGGAGAAGAAAUGUAUAUGCAAGGAGAAGCAAUUUGGCAUCCUCGUUGUGGUCCAGCUCCCAAUGGUGAGGAAAGUACUGAAGGAGUAGAAGAAAAAGUAGAUAAUAUUACUAAUGGACAUGAACAAAGAGUGUCCAGUUUUUCCAGCUCAUCAUCUUGCAGUCUUCAUGGCUUUCUUUAUACAAGACAGAUUAGUAGGGGCAGUCCUCGUGGCAUAGACAGUGUGUUCAUCAUGGACCCGAGUCGUGUUUAUACGUAUAGCUAUCUUACUGCAGAACCAACACAGGGGUAUCUGCGUCGUCCAGUUCAGCCGUAUCCACCAAAGUCCCCACAAUUCCACAGGCCUCCAGAAGGCUCAGAACGACCACGGAUUGGAAGUAGAGGACAGUAUUUUAAGCAAGGAAUGACUGCACUUGUGGAAUCAAUUCAGGCCAGUUUUCCUCGUCCACGAUCACCACACAUGAACAAUGAAGAACCUAUAGAAUUGUCCCAUUAUCCUGGAGCUCAACGACCUGACCCCUCUGAUGUACCAAAGAUAGAAAGAGAUGAUUUUCCAGCACCUCCAUUCCCAUACACAGAUUCAGAACUACGAUCACGGGGAAGUGGAAGCUUUAAAGACAUGGAUGUUGGUGAGGAUGAACAGAUGAUGGAUGAGUUAGAAGAUGACGAAGAGCUUAUGGAAGAGGAUCCACAACUGAAGAGAGAAGAAGAAGAACUUUCAAAGAUUGCUACUGGUAUUGGCAAGGUAUUUUUGAAAACUGUGCAAGAGCGGGAAAAAAUAAGAGCAUGGAAGAAGACUCACGUAGAUCCUCGAAAUGCUUCACGUACACCUUCAGCAAGCCGUGAAGUAGCCAUUAGGUUACGGUAUAACAAUCCUGUUAAUGCAUCUCCUUCCCGUGACCUUGAUCAUCCAAGACUGUGGGAAGAUGAUGUGUUUGAUAAUGUUUUUGGUUACAGGUCCUCAGUAGGAAGAUCAGUUGGAACAACACCUACAUAUAAUGUUAUGUCAUCCUUGCGUACAACACCCAGACCAGGUUAUGGGCUUACGUCAAAGUCUUUUACCCUACCAGUUGGAAAACAAGGGUUUAUGAGAACAGACUUAACUCUAGGAAAACUUACUAAAACCCAUAGUUCAGAGUUCAGCAGUGGAAAGUCAGAUAUUUCAACUACUUCAGAGCAAGAUAGGCCAUUUUUGAACCACAGUAACAGUGGGUAUGCUGGAUUUCUCCAUUCAUCGUACAGCCCUCAAAUGCAAUGUUCACUGCCCAAUGUAAACCUGCAUCUGUUCAAUGAGCCACCACGGCUUUAUCCCUAUCAUUUGCUGAUAACAUCAAACUAUCGUCUCCCUCCUGAUGUUGAUCGAUGCCAUUUAGAACGCCACCUAUCCAGUGAAGAAUUUCAGCGUAUUUUCAACAUGGGUCGUCUCCAGUUCUAUCGCCUGCCUGAAUGGCGAAGGAAAGACAUGAAGCAAAGAGCUAUGUUAUAUUAGGAACAUAGCUUAUGCUAGAGAUCCACCAGGAAAAGAAUGAUAGAAUUAUGAAAUCCUCCAUUACUGAUGUAGUCACUGAUUCUUAUUUUCCUUUGUGACGUUAUUUUAUGUAAAUAAUUUGAAUUAUAUCUACCUGGAACUCGAAAAAAUACUUUGUAGGCCACAUAGCCUUAUAUAUAUAUUUUGUAUUUAUAUUUCUAGAUCAGAUUUCUGUUUAUACCUGAAUGACCCUAAAUCUCAUUAUCUUUUUUUUUGCAAAUAAUUUUAAUACAAAAGAUUGAAUUUUUUACGCCUCAGUAUUUACAUUUAAUCGUGCAUAAUGAAAGGCUUAAGGCAAAGUUUAGUCUAUAUUUCUAUUGUUUUAAUGUAUUGAUAAAUUAAAUACUUUUGAAUUUUUUUUUAAUUUUGGAAAAUGUUUAAAUUUUUAUACAGUGUCGUUAUUAAAGUGUAAGGUCUACAGAAGAAAUUUAGACUAUAAGAUAUCAGAAAAACUUGCUGCAUGAACUUGUGGUUUUUGUCACGUUGACAAAAGUGAUACGUUUUAUAGCAUGUAUCCUUCAUAUAGUGGAAUUAGAAUUUCGUAUUCAAUGUUUGGCACACACGUCUCUACAAUUAAGCAGAAUCAAUAAAAACUUACCAACCCUUUAUCACUGUAGUUAAUAUUAUGCUCAAUAGAUGACGAAACGUAUUUAGGCGCUAGUAACUUGUUAUCCCAGGCAUUACACUGACUUCGUGUCUGUAAUAAGAAAUAUUUGUGUUUAUUACAUCGUAUUCAAGUAUGUUUUCGUCAGGUAUGUAAUAGAUGAGAACAAAUUCAAUUUAUUUAAUAUGGUUUGACAAAUCGCGAAAUCUGGUGUGAUAGUUUGAAAACCAAUAUUUUAUAGUUAUUUCCUUGUUGGUACGGUUAUUUUGAAAUAAAAUAUGAUGCAUUUUUAUUUUUUUAUUGAUUACUUGAUUAAGUGUAAUUGUAGUUGUUGUUAUGUGUAUUGCGUGAUGAUAUAAUUUGAUUCAAAUGUGUAUUUUUAUAGAGUAAAGAGAUAGUGGAUUUGAUAAUGUAUGUUUAGACAUUUCUUGCAUUGCUUUAUGUCGAUGGAAUUAUUCAAUGCUAUAUUUUGACAGUUCGUUUAACUAGCUAAAUUUAAAAAAUAAAAACUCAUUGAUUGGCGCUAAAAUAACUAAAAACAUAUUAACACUUUAUUGAUAAUAAUGAUUAGUAACGAAAAAAC